AAACGUUUGUAACUUCGGACGCUGUGCUCCCACCUCGCAGUGCUGAUAGUUCCGACAGCACGUAAAGGCAGCAGUUAGCUCCAUAACGCCUCACCGCGAGACUGUACAUCAAGCCGAGAGGAAGGAACCAUGGCUGCGCUCUUCAAAGCGAGGAAAGCUCUUCGCUUGUGUCUCAGUGGUUGUCGAAGUUUGUCUCAGCUAGCAGAGUUAUCAGAGACUCAUCAGAUCCUGAGACAGACCUGCAGAGACUACGCCGACAGAGAACUGACCCCCAUCGCUGCCAAACUAGACAAAGAGCACUGUUACCCUGCCAAACAGGUUCGGGAGUUGGGGGCGAUGGGGGUGAUGGCCAUGGAGGUACCAGAGGAGCUGGGUGGAGCUGGGAUGGACUAUCUGGCGUACAGUCUGGCUUUGGAGGAAAUCAGCAGGGGCUGCGCCAGCACUGGAGUCGUGGUCUCUGUUAACAAUUCUCUCUACAUCGGGCCGAUAUUGAAGUUUGGUUCAGAAGAACAAAAACAGCAGUGGAUCACACCGUUCACCACCGGAGAGAAGGUGGGCUGCUUUGCCCUCAGUGAGCCAGGUAAUGGCAGCGAUGCGGGCGCAGCCUCCACGACAGCUCGUCAGGAGGGAGAUGAGUGGGUGCUGAAUGGAACCAAAGCCUGGAUCACCAACAGCUGGGACGCCUCUGCCACCGUCGUGUUCGCCACCACGGACAAGAAACUCAAACACAAGGGUAUCAGUGCAUUCCUGAUCCCCAUGCCGCACCCAGGGCUUUCUCUGGGGAAGAAGGAAGAUAAGCUGGGCAUCAGAGCCUCAUCCACUGCUAACAUCAUCCUGGAGGACUGCAGGGUACCGCUGGGCAACAUGCUGGGCCCCCGUGGGGCCGGAUUCAAGAUCGCCAUGCAAACCCUGGACAGCGGCCGGAUCGGCAUUGCAGCUCAGGCUCUUGGUAUCGCUCAGGCUUCUCUGGACUGCGCCGCAGACUACGCACACAAACGCACUGCGUUCGGAGCCCCCAUCGGCAAGCUGCAGGCCAUACAGUUCAAACUGGCUGACAUGGCUGUGGCAGUGGAGAGCGCUCGUCUGCUCACCUGGAAGGCUGCGCUUCUUAAAGACUCAAAGAAACCCUUCACCAAGGAAGCAGCCAUGGCCAAACUAGUAGCGUCUGAAGCCGCCACAUUCUGCUCACAUCAGGCGAUCCAGGUUCUGGGUGGGAUGGGUUACGUGACGGACAUGCCCGCCGAGAGGCACUACCGCGACGCUCGCAUUACAGAGAUCUACGAGGGCACCAGUGAGAUCCAGAGACUGGUUAUUGCCGGCCAGUUACUGAAGGAAUACCAAUCGUAGACACGCUUUCUGUCAGUGCCUUUGGUACAGUAUGGAAAUGUAAUCCCAGAUCUGGAAUCAGAAAAAUCAACCCGGAGACAUCACCUCAUCCGUAAAGAUAAAGAAGAGCCAGUACGAUCAACGAUGAGCUGAGGUGCAGCUUUUAAACUUUUUGCCAGCAGGCCUUUAUGUCAGGAUCCGAUCAGAGACUACAAUACAGAAGUUCAGAGAUUCAGAUGAUUGUCCGUUACCUCCGUUGUCUCGUGUCUCGAGGGAAUUCAGGAAUAACUUUAUAAUACUGUAAGCUAAUUAACCUCAAACGUGUCUCCGCUGCCUUAAGAGGAUAUCAGUGCGUUGCCAGUUUAAAUGGUCAGUUCACCCAAAUUUUAAAAAAAGGACAUGUUUUCUCGUAGUGGUAUCGAGCCUUACAGAUAUAUGCUGUUUCAUGUCUUAUAGAUAUCAACCUCCGACACCUCUGCCGCCGAAUGAAUGGAAUUUCUUUCUUGGUCCUCGAAAGCAACUUGUCUUUACAGAAAAAAACUUUGUCCGUCUCGUGUUCUCUCUUUGCUCCGUUCUGUCGGCCCUUUAAUUAAUUUAAUGAUAACUGACGUUUAAAAGUCACCGCGUGUAAAAGGAAAUCGAAAUUAGCUCCGCUCUUUCCGUUGCCGUCUGUCCCGCAGCUGAACUGCACCCUCCUACCAAACAGCAUAUGAAAAUGACGACGUUUGUCCCGGUGUUGCCUUUUCGGUGAUGUAUACCCAAAAUGGAAACACAACACAGAACCUAGACCUUAUGGGUGCUUGAAAGUUCAGCUCAUGGGAAGCUCCAGGUUACUCUGUCCACAGACCUCGUGUCACUGUAACUACGUUCUACCAAGGAAAUAGUCCCUAUGAACAGACAAACUCCCAACUCAAGGUCCUCUUACUCUCUUUUUCCAGCCCAGUAUCACAGGAUUUGCAUUUAUAUUGGAUGAUUCUACUCUUCGUGAUUUACAUCCAGUGCCGCCGUUUCGUGCCAAUGCAGGAAGUAGUGUGACCUUUUAAGUGGAGAAGCUCGGAUGUAAGUUCGAUGCAGCUGGACCACAGAUAUCAUGUUUUUAAUUCCACACGUUCUUCUUUCAUGUCAAAACUUGGUGCCUACAUUACCCACAAUGCAACUCGACUGCAGACAGUUCAGUCAGAGAUUGUGGUGUGUUAUGCUAGUAGCGGCUAAUGUAGCCUGGAGCCUGCAGCAGAGCCUGGUCAGCUCGCUGCUUUCUAACGCCACAUUUUCAGACUUGUAGUCCCGACCGACGCUGACUCAAGUGACAUCGCUUGAGGACAUUUAUCAGACUUCACACAGCUCCCUCUGGAGACACUAAAGGCUUUAUGCUACUUUAUCACAUGCAGUCACACCUGGAAACACACGCUGAGGUCGACUUUAACUGUAACCCUGAUCUUUCCCUAAACUGGCUGUUUUUAUUUUGCGAAACCUUAACUAUACCUUUUUUAAAGUUUAUUUGCCGUAAUGAUCUUUCCGUAACCUUAAGAAAUUUUGGCAAGAGAAGUUAAUUUAGUUUGGCCCGCUGAUUUGACCGGCUUACCAACACGGUCGGCAGUUGGAGCUACAGCAGAGCCUGCGAAACACACCUCAGGUACUUAAGCUACUUCCUCUCGGAGUCAUAACUCUGUCAGACACAGAGACAGGAAACACAUAUUGAAACAUUCAGUGUGACUCACACUUCCAGAGGAGAUCAUUAUCUCUGAUGUCCAUCCAGAAUAAACCUCCAUAAACCCACUUAGAAAUCAUAGAAAAGAGACGCUCCUCAUAACUGCAGAACCUGCCUGAGAAUCCUGCUGUUUUUAAGUUUCCUUCAGUCUCACAGUGAUCCAGAGACAGCCGUCUGUCCGUCCACGGGUCCACUGCAGACAGGAGCUGCUGACUGCUGAUUCGGCUGCUUUUAAUGGGGACAGUUUGACUAAAUGUAAACAAAUACAGGCUGAAAGAGAAGUUGUAGCCCACAGCUAACUAACUAACUGCCAAUAGCAUACUGUGAUUUGGGUGAACUGACCCUUUCACCAGCUUCAUUUCGUCUGGUCUCUGUCUCUUACACAGUUCACACGGUUUUGUGCUUCCUAUGAGAGUUUUAACCAGCAGAGGGCGACGGUGUGCCUUCAAGCUUCUUGACCCAUUUCUGCUUCAUACAGAUUCACCGUUCAUGCAUCUUUUUGAAAUACUGCAAAGUAAUCAUCAAUUACACACCUGUUUUCAGAAUGUACACCGUUGUUGACUGCAGUUUUAUUAAUUUAAUGUUCUGGGUGGCAGUUAGAGAUUAUACUUGAAUAUUUGUGGUGUGUUACGUCUGUUGACAUUGAAGAUGGCCGAAGCAGCUUGGGGUUCAGUCUGUGAUUAUGUCGAAGGCUGUAAGAGGCCGUGUAAUGAAAUACAGUAUGUCUGCUUUACUGUGGUUGAUUUCACAGACCUCUUGUGCCUCAAUAACUUGUACAUAUUUUAAUGUAAUUUAUUGUGUGCAGAUGAUGAUAAUAAAAACACAACAGUACUUGCCA